AUCUAUGAUUGAAAGUACAAAACUUAUACUAUGUUUGUAAACAAACCGGUUAAUUUUAGGUUAAAAUUUCCGUUAAAUUUCUAGCAAUCCCGCUUUAAGAUCUAAAAACAUUCCAAACAAUGGAAAAAUCGGAUGAUUUAACUGAAGAGGAGCUAACAGAGCAACAAAAACAAAGAAUCAAAAAGAAUCGUGAAAAAGCACUUUUAUUAAAAAAGAGUAGGCUAACAACUCACCCCUAUGCAAAACAAGAAGUGGUUUCAAUAGAUAAAACAACAAUUUCAAUUGGUGCUGUUAAAUACAAAGAUACAGGUGGUGGGUUUUUGCUAGAAGAACACCCCGAAAAAGAACCAGAACCUGUUAAAUUAGUAGAAGAUAAUCCUGUAAUAAUCGAACCAGAUCGCCCAACAUGCGAAAAAUGUCAAAAAAUUUUCGCCAAAUCUUGGCUAUUCGAAACAUUCGAUUUAAAAGUAUGCGAUGAAUGUAAAGAUCCAGAAGAACAUAAACUUAUCACAAAAAGCGAAGCUAUGUCUUCUUAUUUACUCAAAGAGUGUGAUUUUACAAAACGUGGUACACCACUUAAAUUUAUUUCAAAGAAGAACCCACACAAUUCUCGGUGGGGCGAGAUGAAACUCUACCUGCAGGUUCAGGUUGAGAAAAGAGCAUUGGAAAUAUGGGAGAGUGAAGAGAAGUUACAAGAGGAGAUUGAAAAACGGGAAGAGAAAAAGGUUAUGGCUAAAACUAAAAAGUACCAGAAACAAAUGAAAGAAUUAAGAAUGAAUGUUAGAAGCAGCUUGUAUGAUAAAACUACCUCUGCUUCACACACUCAUGAAUUCGGGGAAGAAACUUAUAAUGAAGAGGAUGAUAAUUAUACUCAUAAGUGUGUUAGUUGUGGUUAUGAAGAAACUUUUGAAAAAAUGUAAAAUAAUUUUAAUUGAAUAAAAUAAAUAUAUUAAAUAUAGGAGCACUCAAAAUAA